AUCCCAAGCUUGUUACAAAGCAUGAUCAAAUCAAACAGUCUCAAGCUAAAGUGGUUAAAACAAUUGAGAAGAGAUCCCUUUUACCACGAAUGGUGUAUCUGUCUAUUCAAUGUGCUUCAUCAUCUUUCAAGGAAAGUGUUGAAGCAAAUGGUGUGGUCUUUGACCCUAAACUAUCAUCAGAGCUGAGAUUGUUACUCGACCGGUAUGCCAAUAUCUUGGGAUUCUCCUUCCAGGAUGCUGUAGGGCUGGCUUUUGAUAUUUCGAGUGGCCUUAAGGACUCAGAGGCAUGGAGCUGCAAUCUGAUUGAUUGGAUGAACUUUCUUGUGUUUUUAAAUGCUUGGAAUCUUUAUUCUCAUGAAGUAGAUGGAGAUUCAAAUAGGCAUGGUACAUGGCUAAUUGUGAAUUCAAUAUUGAAGAAAUAUAUCCUGGAUAAAGUCGGAUCAAUGGGACCACUGGAAUCCUCACCUGGAUGUGAUCUUCCUAAUCUGGUGCUUUUAGUGACAGAACCUAUAGCUUGGCAUAUACUGGUGAUUCAGUCUUGUGCCAGAUCGUUAGUGCCUUCAGGAAAGAGAAAAAAGAAAGGAGGACCUGCAGAGAACUUUAACGUUCAGCUGUCUCAAGAAUUACAAGAGUCGAUUCUGUCUGUAUGCGAGACUAUAGAGCUGGUCAGGCAAUGGCUUAACCAACAAAUUAUCAAGUCAGACGAUUACAAAUCGGAAAGCAUACUUUCAUCACUCCUAGAAGAUAAAGAGGAGGGACCCGGGAAGGUCUACCGAGUUCUUGAAUCUUUAACUUCCUCGACAAGUGAUGUGGAUUUUGGGGAUCGGAUCACUCGAGCAUUGCAGUCCUGGAGUGCAACCGUUAUUUCUAGAAAAAUCAUUUGUAGUCAGCGCACUGCAUUAUCUAAUUUCCUGAAAAUUUGUGAUUCAAAAAUCAAAUCAUUACAGGCGUUGAAAGCUCAUUUAUAGGUGGAGAAAUAGUGAAUUCUCUGUGUGUUGUGAGGACUGAUUGUUCCGAGUGAUAUUUUUGCUUCUCUAGGCACUGUUUUUUCACCAAAUUUUCUUCAGUUUUAAUAGUGGUCAGAUGUAACAGGGACAAGCACCAGGCUGGUAUCUCACUCAAUGUUGCAUAAAGUUGUAUUCCGUUCAAAAUUUUCCUUCCAGGUUUCGGUUCUGCUCAACUAUAUAGAAUAAACAUGAAAUUCAUUUUCCGAGUUUCUCAUUCGUUUUGCCGGCUUGUAAUAUUUGAAAUAGAGAUUUUUUUGUAUAUUGCUGUUACCUAUUGA